AUGGCUUCAGGUUCACGUAAAAAGACGGCGGCAAUGGCCUACCCAAAGACUCUUUUAUCUAUCGUAGCUUCACUCGGAGGCCUAGCCAUUUUCUUGAUUCUUGCUUCAUCAUCUUUAAUAUCAGAACCAUUCAGGUCUGGAGGAAUUGUCAACUUAAUUGGGACUGCUUCUGAUGAAAUUGUCGUGGAUUUUAGCCGUCGCGGUUAUGUCAGCAGCAGUAUCCUUAGGAGCACGAGAGAUGGGGAUGAUUUUCAAGAAUCAGAUGGCGGAUUUGGUGAUUCAAGAAAAGCGAAAUCAAUUUCGCAGGACAACAGGGGUAAUGAUCUUAUCAAGAACCAGCCUACUCUGUCUGGAGAUAAGAACGAAUUGAUUGAUUCAAGGCAGCAGCAAGAAGUUGGAAAAGAUUUGGCAGAGCCUCCUGCAGGUUUUGGAUCGAGGGAUGCAACGGCUCAACUAAAGCAAUCCCAUGCGGCACAACAGGAGAAGGGGAUUGAAGAUUCAUCUUUCUCAACCGGCGGAGAUGGUGUUCAAAUUGCUCUAUCUCUUUCAUCAAAUCUUUCCAACACCUCCAACCUGCAGAUGGAUUCAAAAAUAUCAACUCGACUUCCAUCACUUGGUUCCAGUUUAAAGGAUGUGAAUCCUUCACCUCCCAUGUUCACCAAUUCAAGUCCGGGAUGUAAUUUAUACCAUGGAAAAUGGGUUUAUGAUUCAGGCGGACCUUUGUACAAAAAUGAUUCUUGUCCUGUCCUGACGCAGACACAAAAUUGCCAGGGAAAUGGAAGACCUGACAAGGAAUAUGAGCAUUGGCGCUGGAAACCGACUGAGUGUGACCUGCCUCGAUUUGAUGCCAGGAGAUUCCUUGAUCUAAUGAAGGGAAAAACCAUAGCUUUUAUUGGAGAUUCAAUCGCUCGAAAUCAAAUGGAGUCAAUGCUCUGUAUUCUUUGGCAGGUUGAGGUUCCAAAAAAUCGAGGAAACAGAAGAAUGCAGCGUUUUUAUUUUGCGUCAACAUCUACAACGAUAAUUCGGUUAUGGUCCGCCUGGCUUGUGAAUCAAACAUCCGAGCCAUUCGAUUUUGCUCCAGCCGGAGUGGCCAAGCUGCAGCUUGAUGCUCCUGAUGAAAGCUUCAUGGAAUUCAUCACCGAUUACGACGUAAUCGUCCUCUCCUCUGGUCACUGGUUUGCAAAGCAGUCGGUCUAUAUCUUGCAGGAUGAGAUAGUUGGAGGACAAUUGUGGUGGCCAGACAAGUCUAAGACAAUGAAAAUUAACAACAUAGAAGCUUUCGGUGUAUCAGUUGAAACGGCUCUAACUGCCAUGGCAAGGCAUCCAGAUUACACUGGUCUAACAAUCGUGCGUACCUUUUCGCCUGAUCAUUAUGGAGGAGGAAACUGGAAUACAGGGGGAUCCUGCACAGGAAAAGUAAGGCCUCUCAAGGAUGGUGAAUUGGUUGAAAAUGAAUUCACCAACGUAAUGCAUCAGAAACAGGUCACGGGGUUCAGCCGCGCAGUCAAGAAGAAGACCAACAAAUCAAAGUUGAAACUCAUGGACAUUACCGAAGCUUUUGAGUAUCGGCAUGAUGGGCAUCCAGGUCCAUAUAGAAGCACUGACCCCAACAAAAUCACAAAAAGAGGACCGGAUGGGAGGCCGCCGCCACAGGAUUGCUUGCAUUGGUGCAUGCCAGGUCCAGUUGAUACCUGGAAUGAAAUUUUAUUCGAAAUCAUAAAAAGAGAGCUUUGA